AUAACUUAAAAUAAGCUUGAACCUCCUCCCCGUUCACCGGUUGCGUGUCCCCUCGGAGAGCCGUCUAGUCCCCUCCUUCCACAUAUACAACAUAGUUGUAGCGACAACCCAGCCAAAACUACAAGCCAUGAGCGCAACCAUAACCAUGACUGCCGCUGUGCCUACACCGCUGCCGACAUUGUCCCUCUCGACGGACCGUUCCGAGCAGCACUCCUGCCCCAGCUGCGGCGUUGUCAUCGAGCCCCCGCCCGCACUUCUCGAAGCGCAGUCCCGCAUCGCCGAUCUCGAGGCCCAGGUCCGCCUGCUGAACCAGAAGGCCGCCGCCGCCAUCGACCGCUGGGCCGACUACGAAGACGAGCUCACACGACUGCGCAUCGCCGCUUCCCAGACCUCCACAUCCCCUCCCGCCGUCAUCGCCGCGCCCGCUCCGACCCCGUCGCCCACACGCACGAGCUUCCUCUCCGGCGGCGCAAACAGGCUAUCCCAACUCCUCAGCCCGCGCGGCAUGAAGUCCACGCCGAACCUGCGCGCCCCGUCACCGCCGGCGGUCGGCACGGGCAACCCGGCGUCGACGGAGGACCUCCGCGAGGCACUGAGCAGGGAACAGAACCUCCGCCUAGCGGCCGAGAGCCGGCUCAGCACGACGAGCCAGGAGGUCGAGGAGCUGAGCGUGAGCCUGUUCGAGCAGGCCAACGAGAUGGUCGCGAAGGAGCGGCGGGCGCGCGCGAGGCUCGAGGAGCGGGUCGAGACACUCGAGAAGCGGGACCAGGACAAGCUGCGGCGGCUGGAGCGGCUCGAGGGCGCCGUGGGGAGGAUCGAGAGGGUGCGCUCGCUGCUGGGGGAUAUGAACGCCAAGGACGCGGCCGUGAGAGAGGCCGCGGAGCAGAAGAGGGCGUCGCAGCCUUGAUGGGAAGGACCCGGGCGCCGGAGCUGACGGGUUGACGGUGCAUCACGGUGUGAUGGCCUGUGAGACUAUUUCUACGACGAAACGACUAGCAUAUUGGGCGCAAUGUUUGGCAAAGCCUUCUUUGAUA